AUGAUUGGCUCUGCCCUAGAAUUCAUCUCUUCUCAGCUGUUCAUCUUGCUCCUUCUUCUGUCGGGAACUUCAAUCGUUCCCACUUCCCUUCCACAAGGGUCACCGCACACCCUAUGCGCCCAUCCCCAUCACCCCGUCCGUCCGCUCCCCGCAAAAGUUCGUGAAGUAUCAUCGAUUUUUUUUCCCGUGCGUUUUUUUCCUUCUCUAGUGUUUGUGUCUGGUAUUCGACAGCUCACACCGUUCUCCACUCCUCGUCGUCGAUUGUUUUCCCCUUUACCUUCCUCGCCUGCAGACCCCAUCCGGGACAGUGCACAACAUGUGCCCGCUCCUUCGCCUGUUCACCAAGCCGCUUCUGUGAUUUCUUUUCCUCUUCCCGAUCUUUCGUCGCUUUUCCCGCGAUCAUCCACAUGCGUCGUGCGCAAUGCUUCCCUUGAUGUUGCGAGUUAUUGUCUCGAAGCGGCAUCCUCGCGUUCUAGCCGUCGGCUUUCGACUUGCUUCUCUGCAGCACGGACUCACACAUGGUCAAAGGACAGAUGCCAGCAGCAUGUGAGGUGCCUGGUAGGCUCUGGGCGUGCAUAUGUUCCCCGUAUAAAAAGUCAAACGCCCUUCUUGACGGGGAGGAAACACAACCGUUUCCGCAAUGGGCAAGGUCCUCGUAGCCACUUAGGCUUUCUGCACGCGCCCUGUCGGCCCAUUCCAGCAGUGCGUACGCUGAUGAUGGCGCCGUCGCAGGGUGAAAUCUUUGGAGAGUUCGAUGUCCUUCAAAGAUGCAAGAGAGCAGGUGUCUCUCAAGGCAGACCACUCUUCGCAUCCUCCACCGCACCUUGCAGUGUCAGCGGUACAGAUUCGAAUCCUAAAGACGGGAACCUAUUGGACACUGCCAAACGGACGAAAAACAGGUUUUUUGACAGCUGUCUUCUGGUCUGUAGCAGCCGAGGCAAUGACACUGUGUCUGCGAGCUUUCCGGGCGCCCUGCAUACACCUGCAAGCGGCGCAAACACCCUCAUUCCCUCUCCGUCGCAAGUGUUUUCUUGUUUUUCUUUCUGCGGGCUUGGUUCCACGUUGGCUCUGCUGCGAGGUCAGCGUAUAUUGAGGGAAUCGCGCCUGUCUGCGCGGCCGCAAGGAGGCAGUGAGGGGUCGUCGCAAAGCAAGAAGAGACGUAAAAACAAAGGCCACGAAGGACAGACUCUGGCGUCGAGUGACGUCGAAGACGUCUGGCUGAGAGAAGACGCCUCGCGUCGCUUCCUCAGUAGCACGAGGAUGGUCGAAGAGAGACGGAGAGAAGCACUCCAGGCUCUCGCGGAGCUAGAAGGUGAACACGACGACGACGAUCCUGUAGUGGCGAAACUAAAGGAUCAGCUGCUCGCGCAGGCACAACAGUGUGGCGGGACCACAUCAAAUGAAUCGCGGGGUCAGGGCGAAGAAGGCGCGAGUCGAGAGGAGACGCGUCGAACGAGGGGACAGACGGGAAAGAAGGGGGGCGAUGCGUGGAACACAAUGGAUGAAAUUGCAAAGAUGGAGGAAGAGGAAGAACGGCGAGAUCGCCUCGAGCACCUUCGAAUACACAAUCCGGGUGCUCUCUUUACAGGGCCCAAGGGUCGGCAGGAGGGGAAACCCGAGGUUUACGUUCAUUCCGCAGAGAUUCGAGUGAAGGGGAAUCGCUGCUUCGGUUGCGGCGCUGCAUUCCAGACGCGAAACCCUGAAAAGGCUGCCUACAUUGCCCCAGAUCUUCUGGUGAGAGCGACCGCGCCUUCCACGUCCUCUGAUUCGUCGGUAGGUGUUCCAGAGCCGUAUAUUCACCCGCUGUCCUUGGAUUUGAGUACCCCUGAGUCUGCCGCGAAAGCCUUCGCCUCUACAGGCGGAGAUAUAGAAAAAGUCGUUGAUCUUGCAGCUCGCGCAGAUAGCGUGGACUUUGAGGCGUUUGUCAGUGCCCUUGCGGCGGCUGGCGGCGCAGACAAGCAGGACGUUCUCGACAAACUGUCUCUUGCUUGCGAUUACAACGGAGAGCAAAUGGAGGAUGAAGCUCAUGCAGACGAUGAGAAGGAGCCUGGGAAGAGUGACAGGCACGACACGCGUGACAGAGGUGUGGCGGUGGAACGUUCCGAGGGCGAUGAUGCGGCAACAGGUCCCGAAAAGAUCGACAUAGAAGAGCCCUUAGGAGAUGACAGUGAAAUAUUGUCAGUCAACAAAGAAGGCAAUGCAGAUGACUAUGGGAUCUCUAAGGCGCGGUGCACCGGCGAAACCAUGCAAGGGAAAAGCGACACAAAUCGAGGCGUCCGUGUGGAGACAAUGUCUCUGUCUCAAGAGGAGCUUGCCGAGCUUCUGGGUCCCGAGGCCGCUGACGCGUUCCGCGACACUUCAUUGCCAGACAAAGAGCAACCGCGUCCAGGGCCCUCGAAACCGAUCUUGUGUCAGAGAUGUCAUGCCAUGCGGAGUGGAAAGAAGAUCGACGAAGGCUUGAGAGUUGGAUUCUCGCACGGAGACGACCUUCUGCAUCCCGAUCGCUUCAAGCGACUCAUCGGUUCCCUUCGCACAAAACGGUGUAUCUUCCUGCUGUUCCUUGACUUGAUUUCGCCUGAACUGAUUCCCGCUUUGCCCGACCUCGUUCGAGUUAACCCCCUCUACGUCGCCGUGACUAAAUGCGACCUUCUCCCGGGGAGUCUUCGCCGGCCAGACGCACCUUUUAACUCGAGAGCUGAAGGCUUCAGGCGUCGCUGCAUCACCAACACGAACGUAGCGCGCCACUACGUGUUCGAGAUGCUAUCCCGAGCAUAUAAGCUCAAGGACUUUACAGUGAAAAAUAUUUUCAUGAUCAGCAAUAAGUCCGGGGCUGGCUUGACACACUUGAUUAACGCGGUCGGCAAAGAAGCAAUCCGCCGGAAACGUCCCGUCUACGUGAUCGGCGCUGCCAACGCGGGAAAGUCUUCGUUUCUCAACAAGAUUCUCGCUAAGGCUACACGAGACACCGACGCGGCAGCCGGGCCUCUGCAAAAACCCCAACUGAAGGGAGCGAAAGCGGCGGCGGCAGCCGCAUCCGCAGUUCCAGGAACAACGUUGGAUUUCAUUCCCAUCGUUGUGAACGGGAAGUGGAAGGUCAUUGACACUCCAGGAGUCUUUUUGAAAGGGAGUUAUGCGAAUCUUCUCACACAGGAAGAGCUUCAAGCGGCGGUGCCGUCUUCAGCUCUUCACCUUUGCUCCGCCAGAGUUGCAGAGGGACAAGGUGUUUGGCUUGGUGGCUUGGCGCGUGUAGAGUUGCACAGUAAUCGGGGCUGUUUCUUCUCUUUUUUCUUGAGCCGGGCCUUGCUGAUACGGCCGUUCACGGCCGCACGCACGCCAGAGGAGAAAUUGGAAUCCCAACGAAGCCGUCUUUUCCCGCCCUUUUCACCGGCACGACUCAAAGUGCUGAGUCCUCUGGUGCCUCAAGACUUCUACGUAGAAGGCAAGGGUUGGGAAGAAGCGGCUACGGACAUCGUCUUAAGUGGCCUCGGAUGGAUUAGCAUCACGGGUUGUGGUUCUAUGCGGGUGCGAGUCUACGUUCCGGAGGAGGUACGCGUAUACCAGAGACCCGCAUUGGUGCCGCGAGCUACCCGCGCCUGUCCAGCCGUUGCAACGGGGCUUCUCAAAAAAGUUGCAGAUCGCCAAGUUGUUCACAGACAGAAGUUGCAGGCCAGUAGACCGUCGCCAGGCCACGAUCUGGAACUCUGGCAGCAGAGCAUCACGUCUGAGAUAUUCGACCCCUUUCGUGGCCAUUUCGAAGAGAGGGGUAGCAGCACCGAUGAGUUCCUGGAGUGA